AUGGCGGAGUCGGAGUCUGAAAACCGACCUCAACAGCAGCAGCAACAACCACUAGCGUCCGAGUCUCUUCCUACGGCCUCAGAAUGGCAAACCCCUGGACCUCGCGCAUCACGUCUCAUUCAGGUCUUUGAUCAAGCACUGGCGCGGACUCUUCGUGCGAACUCCUAUUCCAAUUUUGCGAGCUGCUUCCCUACGCCUGCGCGCCAUGUGCCGGCCAGUUUAGAAAGCGUGUGGAGACAAUUGAAUGCAAAGUUGGAGGAGAGUGCUAGAGCUGAAUUUGAGGAGAUAAUCGUCGAAAGAGAAGCAGUACAACAUCUCAAUGAAUUGGAUCGCUUGGUCACCGAAGCGAGAGCUCGGAAGGUGAAGGAAAGCGAGAAUGGGAAUGGUACACAACCAGUGGAUCCCCCGCAUACACUUGGGGCAGACGAUCUUUACAAUGCCCACCUGACGCCUUAUCUUCAAGAAGCACAGUCUACGCUAAACAAAACGCUCGAGUCGACGCACGCCCAGAAUGCAGAGCUUGCGCAAACUGUGCAAGCACAGAGAUUAGAGAUCGAGAAGCUCCUUUCUCACCUUGAAACGGUUGUUACGGAUAUCGACGGCGCCGCGAGCGCAGCCACGCAAUUCAGUAAAGAGCAUCAUAUUCGCCAGGAUGCUGUCCAAAUGGACGAGGAGGUCAAUACCCAGCCAAGCGUUUAA